AGCACGGGCCCUGCAGGGGCGGGGCGGGGCCGCCAGGGGGCGGCGCGUGCGCGCCGCGCUCCCUCAGGAGGAGCGAUGGCGGCGGCGGCGAUGGCGGCGGCCGCGUCCCGCUGCGGCGGAGCCCCCAGGGCGCUGGCCCUGCGGUGCCGCCGGCUGCACACCGUGUACCAGAGCGCGGAGCUGCCCGAGACACACCAGAUGCUGCGGCAGACGGUCCGGGACUUCGCGGAGAAGGAGCUGAUGCCGCUGGCAGCGCAGCUGGACAGGGAGCACCGCUUCCCGGCCGAGCAGGUGAAGAAGAUGGGUGGCCUGGGGCUCCUGGCGAUGGACGUGCCAGAGAAGUACAAAGGAGCAGGCCUCGACUACCUGGCCUAUUCCAUCGCUGUGGAGGAGAUCAGCAGGGGCUGCGCUUCCACCGGCGUCAUCGUCAGCGUCAACAACUCCCUGUAUUUAGGGCCAAUACUCAAGUUUGGCUCUGAAGAGCAGAAGCACCAGUGGAUCGCUCCUUUCACCAGUGGAGAGAAAAUUGGAUGUUUUGCCCUCAGUGAACCAGGAAACGGCAGCGAUGCAGGGGCAGCCUCCACCGUGGCACGCCUGGAUGGGGACGAGUGGGUUCUGAACGGCACCAAGGCCUGGAUCACCAAUGCCUGGGAUGCCUCGGCCACAGUGGUGUUUGCUACUACCGAUAAAUCCCUGAAGCACAAGGGCAUUAGUGCAUUCCUGGUUCCCAUGCCAACACCUGGGCUGUCACUGGGGAAGAAAGAAGACAAACUGGGAAUCCGAGCCUCUUCCACUGCCAACCUGAUAUUUGAGGACUGCCGGAUACCCAAGGCCAACCUCCUGGGGCAGCCAGGAAUGGGCUUCAAAAUCGCCAUGCAAACUCUGGAUGGAGGAAGGAUUGGUAUUGCCUCACAGGCACUUGGAAUAGCACAGGCAGCCCUGGACUGUGCUGUGGAUUAUGCUGAGAAGAGAAUGGCCUUUGGGUCACCCAUCACAAAGCUCCAGGCAGUGCAGUUCAAGCUGGCAGACAUGGCUGUGGCCUUGGAGGGUGCGCGCCUGCUGACCUGGAGAGCUGCUAUGCUGAAGGACAAUGGAAAGCCCUUCACAAAGGAAGCGGCAAUGGCCAAGCUGGCUGCAUCAGAAGCUGCGACAUCCAUCGCUCAUCAGGCUAUCCAGAUCCUGGGUGGGAUGGGCUACGUGACAGAGAUGCCGGCGGAGCGGCACUACCGCGACGCGCGGAUCACCGAGAUCUACGAGGGGACCAGUGAGAUCCAGAGGCUGGUGAUCGCAGGGCAGCUGCUGAAGGCCUACCGAGGCUGAGGGAGCUGCUGGAGCAGCACCCUGCCCCAAGUGCCUUGGAAUGGUGCACAGUGAUGGAGUUUGACCCUCUUGAAUGAGCCUAUUGAUGGAGGUUUCAUCACCAAUGAGUAACUGACCCUCUAGUUAAAAUGUGCUGAUUCUCCUUUGGACAAAGUUUGGCGCACAGAGGCUGGACUGAGGUUUGUAAAUGAUGGCUGUGAGUGCAGAGGGAAGAGGCAGCCUGUGCUCAUAGGACAGCCUGGGGCUUUUCCUGAACUGGCCUGUUGGAAACAGUAUUUUGGUAGUGGCACAAUGACAGCACUUGCCAGCCACUGCCAGUUUUGCUAAAUUUGUCACUACAUGGCACUGGAUAAGCAGCGCCAGAGCUAGGGGUGCUGAGAGCCACGGCCCCUGUGCUCUGCAGAUCAGACUUAAGUGCAGUUCAGGUGUGUGAGCUCCUAAAGGGACAGCCAGGGCUGAGGUAACCCCUGCAGCAGGGCCCUUCUCACUUCCAGCAGGAGGACAUGCAGGGACAGCCCACACAGAGAGGGCUCUGAGCACAAACUGUGGUUGCUGUCUGCGUAAUGUGAAAACAGAUCAGAAAGAAUCCCUCAAUGUGGGCCAGCAGAGGCCAGCACCUGCUCACUCGGUUGUCCUGGGAUGUAGGGAUAGAAGCAGAGAACAGCAAAGCUGCAAUGUUUAGGACUAAAAAAAAAAACAACAAAGAAAUCAAAACCAACACCAAAAAACCCCUCUGCUCCCAAAUCUACUUCUGCAACAUAUAUCAGCGGGAAAAGAAGUGCCUGAUAGGGCAGUAAUAAGCUUUUAAUCUCUACAUGUUUUGGGCAACGAGGAAAUGAAGAGAUGACACGCAAACCUCAGCAGCAGCACAUCCCCAAUCUGUGAUCAUUGGUAAGACGUUAACUGUAGAAGUGUCAACAGCCAAAGGAAAAGCUCUAAACUCAGGAGAAGAGGGAGAGGAUUAAGACUUCAGCCUGUAUGGUCUGGUCCGCCUCCUUGUCCAAACAAGUACACUAGAGGGAAGUGGUUAUUUUCCUGUGGUGCCUUUUAUUUAGACUUGUGUGCAGAGAAGAAGAGCAGGACUCUGUUACACAAGAGAGCAGAGAAGACAAAUAAAACCUGAUUUUAAAGGAC